GUUUCUGCCCAGUGGCAUCUGCUGCCCGAGUCCUCAGACGAGAAAUUUUCACAGCGGGCCACUUGGUUCGUGGAGAGGUAUUCAGUCUACGCGGCUUGGCCCCUGGGCCAAGGGCCUCUGCUACUUCGGGGUGAUGUCGAGCAUCCCCAGUGGCCCGUCCAGCCGGCGGCCUUGGACCACUUGACGGCCGGCCCGCUCUUGCAGGCAGCUGGCUUGGAGCAGCUGGCUGCACAACAUAGCUCGGGCGAGGUGAAGCCGCACGUCUGCUUUUCACGUGGUGUCGGCCCUGUGAACUUCUGGAUGCUCGAGCCUGUCUAA